UGUAAAUAUCAAGUCAAAAUAGUUAAUUAUCUAUAUAACGUGUAAAUAGAGGAAGCAAACAAAACCCAACAACCCGUCCAAUGGGUUCCUUAAACGUGAACCGUAACGUCUCCGAUGCGUUCUACCGGUACAAGAUGCCGCGGAUAUGCGCCAAGGUCGAAGGGAAGGGGAACGGCAUCAAGACGGUCAUCGUCAACAUGCCUGAAGUCGCCAAGGCGCUGGGGAGACCAGCCACGUACCCAACAAAGUACUUUGGUUGUGAAUUGGGUGCCCAGACUCAGUUUGACUUCAAGAAUGAGCGUUUCAUUGUCAACGGAAGCCAUGACUCAUCUAAACUUCAAGAUCUAUUGGACGGAUUUAUUCGUAAAUUCGUGCUGUGCCCUGAGUGCGACAACCCCGAGACCGAGCUGAUUGUCUCCACGAAGCGGAACACCAUCUCCCAAGGAUGCAAGGCCUGCGGUUACCAUGGACAGCUUGACUUCAAUCACAAGUUGAAUACUUUUAUACUCAAGAACCCGCCUGCCAAUGAUCCGGCUGUGCAAGGCUCUUCACUGACUGAGGGCAAUCGUGGAAAACGCUCGAAGCGCUCUGGUCCUGGAUCCAACAACACUGCGACCAACGGCAGCCACGAGGGACAAGAAACUGAAGCUAAAAAUGAACCGGAAGCGGUGUCGAGUCCUACAGCUACCGCAGCUCCGAGCACUAAGAAGGAGAAGUCCAAGAAAACUGGCGAUGAUGGCGAUGAGGACGACGACGGCUGGACCGUGGAUGUCAGCGAGGAGGCUGUGCGGGCCAGGAUGCAAGAUCUAACUGAAGGAGCUAAGAUCAUAACAUUGUCAGAAGACAGUGAGAAGAAUGAGAAGCAGCGGAUGGAUCUGUUCUAUGCAUUUUUGAAGCAACGAGCAGCCAGCGGUCAGGUGCAGGGAACCAAAGCCAUCUCUGAGAUCCUGCACGAGGCCGAGAGAUUGGAAGUGAAGUCGAAGGCGCCGCUGGUGCUGUUCGAGGUGCUGGUGAACGCGGCGUCGGUGGGCGGCGACGUGAAGAAGCACCGCGCUCUGCUGCUGCGCUUCACGCGCCAAGACCCGCGCGCGCAGCGAGCCGCCCUGCACGCCCUCACCGCGCUCGCGCACCACCACGCCGCGCUGCUGCCGCGCGUGCCCGCCGUGCUCAAGCUUCUUUACGACGAAGACAUCGUAGAAGAGAAGGCUAUACUGGAGUGGGCUAGCAAACCAUCGCGCAAAUACGCAUCCAAGGAAGUCGUAGCCGAAGUGAGGAAACGGGCCCAACCCUUCCUCGACUGGCUGCAGCAGGCCGAGGAGGACUCGAGUGACGACGACGACGAGGAGGAAGAUAUCGAGAUCGAGUACGACGACCGCGCCAAGGCGACCCCCAUCAAGGCCGUGGCGACUGCGGCCAACAACAAACCGAAGCAGGAAGAAGACGAUGACGAUUUCGAUAUCGACGCCAUUUAAAUACACAGCUUUCUACACUCAAUUUCUGUUAUUACUAUUAUAUGUUUUUUUUUUCAAACUGAAUCACACAUGCAGUGUGGCGAGCUUAACAUUAACAAAAAAGUUUUGGAACUCAAAAGCAGAUGUGUUUACAUUGUGCGGCGUUCUCUGGGCUCGGUGUAAUUGUGUGUGCGAAACUGUAUUGUGUUUCCCAAAUUAUUAAUAUUGAAGUAAAAUUAUUGUCUUUGGUCUGGCUCUCGGCAUUACAGCAAUAUAUUAUUAGGGUGUCCUUGAAUCAUAUUGCUUAACUGAACUUCCUAUAAAAUUCCCCAACCACCAAUUAGUAUAUAUACAUAGUAUAAGAACCAUAAAUAUUCAACUUUAUAAUUAUGAAAAAAAAAACAAUUGAAUAUAGUGAUAGUCAUAAAAUAUUCCUGCUUAAGGCAUUU